UUAUUGUAGAGCGGCAUAUUAGAUAACUUACUCCUAUAUAUAAACGACCUCGAUACCGAUAUUAUUUCAUUUCGAAUUUUGAUAACAAGCGUGUUUCGUUGUGCGGUUAUGAGAGAGAGAGAGAGAACAGCACUGUGAGCUGUGCGACGGAAGACAAGGACCGGUGAAGUGUUGCGCUCGGGGUGUUAAGUGAGUACGAGCAUCCGAACUACGAGAGACUUCAACGCACGUAUAGAAGAUAACGGUGGGAUAUAAAGGGAACAACUCGAGGACGACGUUAAGGGUUGGAAUCACGUUUGCAGAAAGGAAAGAGAACGGUGACACAGACGCCUCGUCCAAAUCGGCGAGGUGUUGUCCGAGGUGGAGGAGGGCGUCGGGAGGAGAGGGUUGGAAGGAGGGUGGCGUGCUAUGAUCAGCAUGGAGCUUCCGGCCCACGCGACGCAGCAUGGUGCUCUUCACCUGGGGGUCGGGGUCGCGGUGAAUCCAGGUGAUCCAGCCGGAAGUACUCUAGCCGCCAUUCAUCCGCAUCCCCAGGAUCCCUUAGCCCUCCACCAUCACAAUCACGCUGCCGCGACACCCGGAGGUAUGCAUGAGGAGUCCAAGAAAAAACAUGACGGUGGCCAUGGAAUGAAUCAAGACGGCCACGGUGGAGUUAACCAGCUUGGUGGUGUCUUCGUGAAUGGGAGGCCCUUACCGGAUGUAGUAAGGCAAAGGAUCGUCGAACUAGCGCAUAGUGGUGUCCGACCGUGCGACAUUUCGAGACAACUCAGGGUAUCUCACGGCUGUGUAUCCAAGAUAUUGUCAAGGUAUUACGAAACCGGUAGCUUCAAAGCCGGCGUGAUAGGUGGUUCCAAACCUAAAGUAGCAACGCCACCGGUUGUCGAUGCGAUCGCGAAUUACAAGAGGGACAAUCCGACGAUGUUUGCUUGGGAGAUUCGAGACAGGUUGCUGGCAGAAGGGAUUUGUUCGCAGGACAACGUACCCUCUGUCUCGUCUAUCAAUCGAAUCGUGAGAAACAAGGCGGCAGAGAAGGCGAAGCACGCGCAUCAGCAACAGCAGGCGCAGCAGCAGCAAGGUCAGCAACAAGGUCAGCCAGGAUCAGGUGGUUCCGUGUCGGUGAUAGCCCAUGCACCUGCCACACCGGCGGGUCAUCCUGCGGCCGCCGCUCCCAAUGCCUACAGCAUCAGUGGCAUCCUCGGAAUCCCCGCACACCAUCAGGAUCCAAACGGCAAUAGCAUCAAGAGAAAGCGAGCCGAUGACGACGACAAUCGUGACUUGGGCGACCAUCCGGAGGACGACUUGAAGAGACAGCGAAGUAACUACAACGGCGACCAACUCUACUCGAACCUGUGGUCGAGUAAAUGGAGCAUCAAGGACGAGCACAAGCUCCUGAACGAGCUCGGAGGAGGCGGCGGAGGAGGCGGUGGAGGCGGUGGCGGUGGUGGCGGCGGUGGCGGUGGAGGAGGUGGUGGAGGCGGUGGCGGUGGCGGAGGUGGUGGCGGAGGUGGCGGAGGUGCAGGAGGCGGUGGUGCCUACUACGAACAUGCCGGAUUCCCCGGGAACGCGAUUGCCACCUCCGCCGAGCUCUACGACUCCCUGGGCACCAUCAGUACGAUGACGCAAGCGCAAACGCCACAUCUCUAUACCCCGCCCAUAGGGGGCACCAUAGCAGGUGGUACUUUGACGCCGCUCGCUCCACUGACGAUGCAAGCAUUGGACGGGGCUAACAUGUCUCCUUACCACGCCACCGCAGAGAGCGGUACCGUCGCAGUCUCGUACGUAGGGGUUGGGGCCGGCGGGGGCGAGCAGAGUCCACCGAUUUCCUUGCAGAACGAGACGAACGCCACCCCCGCGGCCCCCAACACCCCGGGAGGGGAUCCCGGACUCACGGUCUUGCAGCCGCCAGUUUCUCAGCCUCAGGUAGCCUCUGCGAUACCACCGUACUCGACGAUGCUUCCAAGUUUCGGACAUUACGCCACCGGUGGUGGCGACUACGCGUACAGCGCUGCGUAUUCUCAAUAUUCGAGUGCACCGUACAGUGGAUAUGGCUAUGGAGCAGCGACAAGCGGGUUGCUCAAUUCCACGUACUACUACUGCAACGGGGAUACGCUGGCGUCUUCCCAAAACAAUUCGCAAGCGGGCGGCGCGUGUAACAACGGUGGCGGAGGAGGAGGUGGUGGUGGUGGCGGUGGAGGUGGAGGAGGUGGAGGAGGAGGAGCAGAGAGCAGUACGGACGUGGCUAGUCGUUCGCCUCUAGCAGCCACCAGAGCAAGUAGCGGUGCGAGUGCGGCAUCACCGACCGGUAGCGCUUGUACCAAACCAGAUCAUGCUUCCACACCGACCGACCUUUAUUUGGCUUGAUCGGUAAUCGCGUCACGUGAUUCCUUUGUGUAAGGACCGAUCGGCAAUAACGGACGCCAUAUCAUUGGGAAAACUCACAGAAAACCGUCUUAGCGACAUCUAUGAUCUCCUCCACGAGUUUUCACGGCGAGAAAGACGA